AUGUCAAAAAGUGCUGAUGUUGCCGUUGGCUUGAUGGACCAGGCUUACUUUGUUGGUCGGGCCGAACUGUUGGACUUUUUCAACAACUUGUUGGGAUUGAACCUUGCAAAGAUUGAACAAACUGCUACUGGUGCCGUCGCCUGUCAACUCACAGAAUACAUCUUCCCUGGAAGUGUCCCCAUGUCACGUGUGAAUUGGGAAGCAAGAUCGGAUUACGAAUACAUUGCCAACUACAAAUUGCUACAAAAUGCAUUCACAAAGAACAAUGUCCAACGUCAUGUCGAUGUCAACAAACUUAUCCGUGCCAAGUAUCAGGACAAUCUUGAAUUCUGUCAAUGGAUGAAGGCAUUUUUUGACCAAACUGGAGCCCACCGUGACGACUAUGACGGCAAGGCAGUUCGCGCUAGGGGAAAGGGUGGAAAGCAAUAUAAUCAAAAGCAAUCAGGUGCCGCUCCAGCCAGAGGUGCUCGUUCUGGAUCUCGUGGUCGCGGCGUCGUACCGCCCUCUCGACCAACCACGACCUCUACCAUCCGAUCAACAACUACCCGAGCAGCCGUCGGCCGAAGCGCUUCUCCACAGAAGAAGGGGUCUCCACUCAGAGCUAGAGAGAACAACAUGUCAACAACGACCAGUCCAGAUCCCGAAUUGAUCAAGAAGAACAAGGAUUUGGAGGCUAAGAACAAGGAUCUGGAGGCUAAGAACGUUGAAAUGGAAACGAAGAUGCAUGAUGUUGAAACGGCCAUGGCCGAGCUCGAGAAGGAGCGUGAUUUCUAUUUUGGAAAGCUACGCAACGUCGAACUCAUGUUGCAAGUCCACCAGGAUAAGAACUUUGAAGGUGCUGAUUUAGAUGCCCUCGUGGAGAAGAUUUUCAAGGUCUUGUAUGCUACUGCUGAAGAGGAUGUAGAUAUUGAUGAUGAGGGUGACAUCGUGCCAGUUGUUGAUGGUGAGGAUCCUCUCAAUACUACUCAGGCCAGUGAACCUACUUCUGUUGCGGCACUAGAGGAUGAAGUCUUUUAA